AGACUAUAUCUUCCCCAAUAUUCCCAACUAGUAGAUUCGUCCUCAGCUUUACUCUUCGCCAGCAAAAUUCAAGAUUUAGCUCGGGGCUUUGCUUGAUAGUCGGUCCGUUCAAUCGCGCGUACAUGCUCGUCAUGGGUAAUGAACCUAUUGUCUGGACAGAUUUGUUUUUUUCUGGCGACCCUCCAGAGUCCAUCAAAGCCACAGAAACCAAUAGUGACAAAGACUUCUCACGGUUCAUUCCAGAAGGUCAAGACUUGAAACUACGAGGACGGAUUGAUCAAGCACAAUACACAGGUUUUGAAGUCAUACAGGUGUUCUGGCUUUGGAGUAAUGGACACAGAAAAUACGUGGGCAAAAUUUUUCCCGAUUAUACCAGGACCCACGCCCUACAGAGAAUUCACUAUCGCCCGACAGCACUAGCAGGACGUCGGAUUCGGGAUGUUAUCGACGAUGCUGUUCACGAAUUUGAUAGGUUUUGCCAGGAGGCUCGGGCAUAUACCCACAUUUACCGAUUCUGCCCUGCCCACGAAAGAAUCUACUUUCCAAAAUUUCAUGGUGUAGUCACCGACAUGCAACGAUACUCUUCUGAAGGUGUGAAUCAGCGGGCAAUCGUGUUAGAAGCCCUUAGACCGAGCUUUCGCUCCCGACGUGUUCUGGGUGAGAACACCACUCAGUUGCCCGAACCUUUUUCAGACAUUCUAACGAAUUCACCCCUGAGUCCAUUUGAAUAUGAAUGGUACUGUUCCUUGCUGAAAGACCGAAUUCGUCGCCUGGAUGCCUUACAUCGGAUCAAUGUAACACACGGAGAUAUUGAGGACCGGCAUUUUCGAAUCCCUGGUGACUUCUAUGACACAGUCUUAUAUGACUUCUCAGAGUCAUACACAUUCUCUGUGAAAAUGCCUCUCAUAUUAAACGACUAUAAACCCCGUCCCUUGAAAGGCAUAUCAGACGCUGAACAGCAGCGCGUCAAGUCCCAGGUUGAACAGCGAGCCAUCAACCGAGAUUUUCGCUCCCAUCUUAUUGAACUGAGCUCACAGGAUACCGUUGAUGAUGCACUGAGUCAGUCGUUGGACAGGGAGGAGGAGUUGCUGGAGUUAAUUGUAUUGAAGGUCUAUCAUAGCCCAGAUUAUUUUUCAAUGCCAACGUUGAACUCCAUCUUCCCUUUCCUGGAAGAAGUUCGUCCAGGGUGUGACCCAUGCUGGCAUAUCCGCAGAGGCCGGCUUUUGCACCAUUAUGAGCCGGUUUGGGCUGUUUCCAUGGGGAAAAAACAUCUUGAUCCAAUCACCUUCGAGAAUGAGGCGCAGUUCGAAACAAUUGUAGAAAGCGAUAGAUCCCGCGUUUUGCUUUGUUUGGUGCCAAAGUGGUGGAAUAUAUCAAUCGGAACGAUUCGUGAUUCAGGCUCGAAGGAUACUACAGGGUUGGUUGACAAGCUACGGGAAGCUUGCUUGCGUCUUGCCUUCUCACAUGGAACUCCUGGUUCUGUUAUUAGUCACGUCGAGUUUAUGGGAACAGACAAGGAGGACAGAGAGAUUCGAGAUAACCAGAAUGUGGUGAAAGAAUUCUUAGAGCCAAGUGGACGAAACGUCGAAUGUAUAUAGUUCUAGUCCACGUGACUACCGGUAUGUCACUGCCUCGGUAUGAUUGGCUGGUGGGGAAUUUCUGGCAUUCCACCCGCUCAAAAGCUGUCUUGGUGGAGCCCUAUAUUGCUAUC